AUGCCGCGAAACCCUGCGGCGAAAAAGCAUCAGCACAACGGCCGCCAUGACAGUGGACUUGUAGGUCCAGGAAAACGUGUCACAAAACAAAAGUCGAAUGGUCACCUCAAUGGCACGGCGAAGGGCCCUGUUCCCUCCGAGCCUGUCCCUCAGUUACACUCCGCCGACCCGUCUGUGAGCGCACCGAGCAACGAUCAAUCUGGUUCUGCUGCGUCUGAGGCGAACCGGGAAGUCGCGAAAGGGUCGAACCAGACCCAGUCUAAAGCCGGGGAGUCAGAAGGGAGCGAAAGCAAAGAGAAGGAGCAUAGUUCGGAGUCGAAUGGGUCGGCAAUGUUGCAACAAAGACGGGGCGAUAUGGCCUCUUCUAGGCCCAAAUCUACUCAGGAUGUCAGCGCUCUGCAAAUCGCCUCGACUAUCAUCCGGUCUCGGCCAGCUUGCGACACCGUGUCUCUGCUGAUUGUUUUGCUGGCCCUACCCUCCAUAGUCUUGACCAUUGUGCAGGCAUUAUUUGCGUCGUUGACCUUGAUGCCCGGAGGCGGCGCCCCGGUUUCGUUCCUUUCCUUACUCGACAUCUUCCAGGGGUCUGCGGGCGCACCCAGCAUCACUACCAUGGUUGUGGUUGAUGUGCUCUGCUUCGGAUUGUGGAUCUGCCUCUGGGCAUGGGCUCAGAGUUUCGCACUGGACUUGGCUCAGAUACAGAUUGCCAUUACACUGGGAAAUGGCAGCUCAGGGAAAAAUGGGAGAGUCAACCUGAUCUGCUUCGUUGGAGUUCUUCUGCUGCACCUUAUCCGAAGUAGAGGUGUCCGCCGUUUUCUGUUCACAAAUCUGGUGCCUAUGGAUCUACUCGCCCAGACUGGGGUCGCGGAGUAUUUCAAAUACCUGCCCUCCGACUCCGACUUUGGCCAGAGUCCAGGAGCUCCAUCGCAUAUCCGGAGUUUAUUUGCAAUACACAUCAUCAGUCAAGCUGUGAUGGCGCUCGUGCGCCGCAAUGUUAGCAGCUCACAGUCCAUCCCCACGGCGAAGUCGAAACGCAUCGAUACAGAAGCCUCCGCAGGCUCUGCGUCGGACAUCUCGGCACUGGAGUCUGCGUCCGCGGGCGUCUCCUCAUCAAUCGACUAUCAAGCCCCUCCGACGCCGGGGUUGAAAGAAGGCAAGGAGAAGCUUGUGAGUGCGAAGAAGCGGAGACGACAAGCAAAUCAUGUCCGGAGCAAACAGCCCUUCUGGGCCGCCCUGGCCAGUACCAAAGUCCAUGUUCUCCGAGAGGUUGAACACAAUAAAGCCCUUCCAACCGUCGCGAACAACCAAGGCACGCCGUUUGAAACCGUGCAGCGAGGCCUCAUCUGGAUCACCAACGUGGACCCUUCGUCCAUCUCCUUCGAAGCAGCUUAUAUACCAUCCGCCGAGACAAACCAGGAUUCCGCGUUGAUGGGCGACAACAGACCGUUCUAUGUGCGCAUCAACGGCGCAAAGUGGCAUUCCGUUAGUCUUGAUGCGGUGGACCACUCUGCAGCUUCCGAAGGCCCGUCUGCCCAGUGGUCGGGUACAAUCUCUGGUCUGGCGCCCAAUUGUACCUACACUUGCAGCUUCAUUCGUAGCGACGGAGAAGAAGAAUUUGCAUCGGUCAUGGUCAAAACGCCGAUGCUACUCGACAAAGACUUGCCUGCUUCGAUGGCCCCCGUGCCUGUUCGUCAAUCAACCCGACCAUCCUCGCCCACGACUACGCUGAAGAAUUCCAUCGCGACAGCCGAAGCCAAAUUGACCGAGGCUCGCAAUCGCCUCACCAAGCUCCGUCGUCAACAUCGAACUACGCUUGCGAAAGUGGAAAAGGAAGUCGACAGCUUCAACACGCGUCUUAAGACUGCCAGUGACGACACCAAGCAGAGGCAAAAGUUGUUGCAAGCUGAACGCAGUAUUCGCCAGACCGAGGAUGCCACUCUUGAGAUCGAUGCCGCGCUCGAAGGCCUGGUGUCGACCCCCGCGGACGAAAUUGACGAGCACCACGCUUGCAAAACGGCUUACGAGGAACAGACCAAGCUACUUGCUGACGCGAAUGAGGUGUUGACCAAGGCUCGCUCAGCCGCGAACAAUGAACUCUCCUGUGCCAACGGCGAACUCAACACCAUCGUUUCUCGCAAGGAACGUCUAACAGGUCGCAACACCAAGCUCACCGAACAGCAUGACCGGAUAACUCAAGCGAAUGCGCAAGGACUGAACGAGAAGGAAAGAAGGGCCGCCGAGUCAAGUGCGAAGGGGGCUGAUCAGCAGAGACGCGAGGUGGAGUUGACGCAUCAGAUCCGGUUCGUGGAAAACGAAUUGAGGAAUGCGAGGAUGCGGUGGGAAACCAACCUCCGGGAGCUCGACCUCCUCGAGAACCAGGAACUUGCUCAGCGAGAAAUCAUGCUCAACAACAGCGGGCCUCUGACCCCUGAGGGAGAGCUUCCUGGCACCCGCCCUCCGCCACAACACGCUCGCCCCUAUGCAUUUGGCAGUUUCCAAGCGUUCCCGAAUAGCCCUGUCAUCACCGAGGUUCAAGCCUCUCCUUUCCUUGCAUAUGCUAAAACUCUUCCCUCUACGGAUCAGCGCCGACCCAGAUCGGAUACCAACCGGUCAGCUGGCGGGAUCAGCAAUUUUUCUGGCGACUUCGAGGAUGCUGAUCCGAUACCUCCAAUGCCCUCGACCGCGGAAUACGACAACCCGGGGCGGAAGGGAAGCGGAAGCAGCGGCAGCAGAGGGCAGAACAAUGGCAGUCCGGCAGGGGGAAUUGUUGGUGGCGCACUGCGCAGCCCACAGAGAGGUAGCUACAGUCCAGGGCAUAUUCCGGGAUCAACUACGUGGUAG